AUGACCUGCGUCAAUGAAGGCAUGGAACAGUUCGAGCAGCAGGGCUCACUGGAGGUCACAUCCUCGGGUGUUUCCUCCUCAGCCCACACGGGUACUUUGACCGCGGAUCUGGAGCAGCUACGUAGCUUCGCGACGUUGGCUGAGAACAGCCGUGGAGGGGCGGGCCUCGACGGUCAAGGCGUGCUUGAAGAGGUGUUAAAGAUGGUCCACGACCAAAUCACGGGGGCCAACAGCGUCGCAGGAUAUCUCGUCAUGCAUUUGUGCAGCGAGUCCGAUGCAUCGGCGGCAUACUCACUGGUCUUACACGUAAACACCAAGCACAGAAUCGGCAUUGUUCAGCAGAGCAUUCACACAUGGAAAAACUACUCCUGUGUUGAGACAACACGGAAGCUGUCCAGAGAGGCUGGCUGGACACCACCCGAUGAGCAUGUCUGCUGUAGCUCAGGGAAUCUGCUAGACUUUUCCCCCAAGCCUUGCGCCGAAGUGUACUGCCACAAGUAUCUGGUUAAGACGAGGGACAAUUGUGUUGCUCUCUCGGCGUCAUGCGAUCUGAUAAAGAGGAUGAUCGAAGAGUUUAAAAAGAAGACACAGGGCUGUACCGGAUACCCGUCCAUGCCUAUGAAUAUCGCCAUUGCCGUCUGCGGCCCUCAGGUCAACGACACAAAAGAGGCACCGCCUGGCACUAACCUGAGCACCCUGAGCCAAUGUCCCCUGAAUGCGUAA